GAUUCCACGUACAACUGGCUCGUGGUGCUUAGCUCUGUGUUUCUGUGUAAUCUCGUUAAAACAUUCCUGCCGUCUAUUUCCUCCUUUCUUGCCAUCAGCUGCAGGAGCCCUGAAAAAUCGAGAAGUGUAUAGCUGCAGCCUGGAGCACCUCCAAAGGGGAGGAACAUACCUCCAAACAGGCGGAGCCUACAUCCAAGUAGGCUGGUGCUUGGUGUUACGCGCCGGAGCCGUGGUGAGAGAGGUCUCGCGCACAAACGCUCCCAGUCUCCAGCCCUAUACUGUUGGUGGACUUCCCACUUGGAGAUGUUAAAGGUUCUUCAAAAAGAUGCAGAGCAGGAAAUGGAAAUGCGAACAGAAAUCCAGAACAUGAGACUAGAGCUCUCUACUAUAAGCAUGAUGGAUGAGUUUGCCAGGUAUGCCAGACUGGAGCGUAAGAUCAACAAAAUGACAGACAAGUUAAAGACUCAUGUAAAAUCAAGAGCUGCUCAGCAGGCUAAAAUCAAAUGGAUUGUCAACAUAAUUUUCUACAUUCUUCAAGCAGCUCUAAUGGUCUCACUCAUUUGGAAAUACUAUGCUGAUCCUGUCACUGUGGUGCCCAGUAAGUGGAUUUCUCCACUGGAGCGACUUGUAGCGUUUCCUUCUGGAGUUGCAGGUGGUGUGGGGAUUACCUGCUGGUUAGUUGUCUGCAACAAAGUGGUGGCCAUUGGACUUCAUGCUGUUAGUUAACUGUUAUUUUAAGCUAAUAUAAGUGGUCAUUAUCUGUGAGCAGGGUCUCAACAAAUGUCCAUCACAUUUGUGCAAGUUGUGCUAUAAAGGAUUUACCGUGUCAUUUGCUAAAGGCACUGUCUUUGCCCUCAUUUCCCCCUCAAGUCAAGGGGCAGCUUCACUGUUCUUUUACAAUAGCUGUUGAGAAAAUUUGAUUGCAUCUUGUAGUAAAAAGCAGUACUGUACCCAUUAUUGUCAAUCUUAUGUAUUUUUCACAUUUUCCUUUUUCUGGUGAUGGCUCAUUGAAUAUAUUACACUGUGCUUAUAUUUUAACAACUAAAAAUAUUGUUCCUGAAUAAACAGCCAUUAUAAAUAUG